AUGGAGGAGACGGGGACGGCAACUUCUACUUCCACAACCGGAGGAUCUGAGGAUUCGAAGGGGUGCUAUAGAGGACACUGGAGACACCACGAGGACGAGAAGCUCCGCCAGCUGGUCGAGAAAUAUGGACCCCAAAACUGGAACUUGAUUGCAGAGAAAUUGCACGGGAGAACAGGUGUAGAUCCCUCUCUCUCUCUCUCUCUCUCUUGCUCUCUGUCUAUCUAUCUAUCUCUCUGUCUCUCUCUCUCUAUCUAGCUAUCCAUCUGUUUCUCUCUCUUAUUGCCGUUUCAAUCUCUACGGCUUUUCCAUUUCCUGUUCCAAAGAAAAGAUCCAUGGUUUACUCCCUCCCUCCCUCCCUCCCUCCCACCUUUCUUUCUCUUCCCUCAAUCACUACCUAUAUCAAUUUUCCUGAUCUUGUUCCACGAAGCAGAGGACGAUCUACGGCUUACUCUCUCGCUCCUCUCUUUCUCUUUCUCUGCGUAUCCGUCUCUCUCUCUCUCUCUCCCUCCCUCACUUCCGUUUUCUCUCCUCCUCGAUUCAUCUCCUCUCUGUCUGAUGUUUUCCGACGAAUAAAAAAGGCGAUUUAGGGUAUACUUUCUCUCUCUCCUUAUUUCCUCACUUCUUUCUCUCCUCUCUACCUGAUAUUUUUCCGACGAAUCUAAAAGACGUUCCAGGGCAUACUCUCUUUGUGUCUCCUCCCUUCUUUCUCUCCUCUUUAUCUGAUAUUUUUGUACGAAGAAAAAAGACGGCCUUGGGUAUGCCCUCUCUCUCUCUCUCUCUCUCUCUCUCUCUCGCUCUCUUUCUUUUCCUCUUUGCCUGAACUUGCUCUGUGUAGAGGAACAUCGCCGGCCUCUAAUCUGAAAGGACAAUAACCUCUCCUCUCCUCCUUUGCCUUUUAUCAGGGAAGAGCUGCCGGCUUAGGUGGUUCAACCAGCUCGACCCGCGUAUCAGAAGGACCCCCUUCACCGCCGACGAGGAAGAACUCCUCCUGGCGGCGCACUGCGCCCACGGCAACAGGUGGUCCCUCAUCGCCCGCCUCUUCCCCGGCCGCACCGACAACGCCGUCAAGAACCACUGGCACGUCAUCCACGCCAGGCGCCGCCGCCGCCGCCGCCGCCAGGAUCCGUCCUCCGUCGACGGCGGCAGGCGGGUCCACCGCGCUUCCUCCUCUUCCCAUAGCAGCAGCGGCAUUAUCCGACCAGAGAGAGAAGACCACCUCAACUGGAGGUCCUGCAAUGGUGCCCUUGUUCUGAGCUCUCAGCCCGCCGAUCUUCCCUGGGCGACCGCCGAUGUGGCCAGCGGAUUCUACCCGUUCGUUCUUGGAGAUGGACCGUCAGGAAUUCUUGAUGGCAGAGAGACUAAAAUGGCGGGGGGGGGAGAAGGAUCCUUUAAGGCUGUUCCCUUCAUCGACUUCCUCGGCGUGGGAAUCACCUCUUAG